AUGCGGCUUACCAUUUGGAACUUACUGGGACUCUCAGGUCUUGCAGUCGCGUCGUGCCCUUACAUGAGCGGCGAAGACCAGGAGUAUCACGCAUCUCAUAUUCAAGCAAGAGGGACAGACUCUGAGUUUUUAGACCAAUUCAAGGUCGAAGACUCAAAUUCAUACCUUACAACUGAUGCUGGAGGACCUAUUCAGGAUGAUGCUAGCUUAAAGGCAGGAGAAAGAGGGCCUACACUUCUAGAGGAUUUCAUUUUUCGCCAGAAGAUUCAGCACUUUGAUCACGAGCGGGUACCAGAGCGCGCUGUUCACGCCCGGGGUGCAGGUGCAUAUGGAACUUUUACUAGCUAUGCAGAUUGGAGUAAUAUAACCGCCGCCAGUUUUCUUAAUUCAAAAGGCAAAGAAACACCGGUUUUUGUUCGCUUCUCGACGGUUGCAGGAUCCCGUGGAUCUGCGGACACGGUGCGUGAUGUCCACGGAUUUGCCACACGAUUCUACACCGACGAAGGAAACUUUGAUAUCGUGGGAAAUAAUAUUCCUGUAUUUUUUAUUCAGGAUGCCAUUCUAUUCCCAGAUCUUGUUCACGCUGUUAAACCCAGUCCAGACUCUGAAAUUCCUCAAGCAGCGACUGGUCAUGACAGUGCUUGGGAUUUCUUUUCUCAACAGCCAUCCACCCUUCACACCUUGUUUUGGGCAAUGUCUGGCCAUGGAAUUCCUCGGUCUUAUCGUCAUAUGGAUGGGUUUGGUGUUCACACAAUGCGUCUGGUCACUGACGACGGAAAAAGCAAGCUUGUGAAGUGGCAUUGGAAGACAAAGCAAGGAAAGGCAAGUCUUGUCUGGGAGGAGGCUCAAAUUUUGGCCGGGAAAAAUCCAGAUUUUCAUCGUCAAGAUCUAUGGGAUGAUAUAAAUGCAGGAAAUGGACCAGAAUGGGAGCUCGGUGUACAGAUUGUAGACGAGGAAGAUGUACAGGCAUUUGGCUUCGAUAUGCUAGAUCCUACAAAAUUUCUUCCCGAGGAACUGGUUCCCGUCACCAUACUAGGAAAAAUGAAACUGACAGACAAUCCAACCAACUACUUUGCAGAAACUGAACAGGUCAUGUUUCAACCUGGGCACAUAGUUCGGGGUGUAGACUUUUCAGAUGAUCCACUUCUUCAAGGCCGCAUUUACUCGUAUCUCGAUACACAAUUGAACCGUAAUGGAGGCCCAAAUUUCGAACAACUUCCAGUCAACCGUCCUCGUACCAAAGUUCACAAUAACAACCGAGAUGGUGCUGGUCAAAUGUUUAUACACACUAAUAAAGCCCCCUAUUCUCCGAAUUCGCUAUCCGGAGGCAAUCCGAAGCAGGCUAAUCAGACAAAAGGCCGUGGAUUUUUUACCGCACCAUCUCGUAAAGCCGUGGGUUCUCUUCAUCGUGGUACUGCUUCUUCAUUCGCAGACGUGUGGUCUCAACCUCGCAUGUUUUACAAUUCCCUUAUUCCUUCAGAGCAGCAGUUUCUUGUGAACGCAAUUCGGUUCGAAAUAUCUCAAAUAAAGUCGGAUUUGAUUAAAAAAAAUACAUUGAUGCAACUAAAUCGAGUCUCUAAUAAUCUUGCUACUCGUGUGGCAGCCGUUAUUGGUUAUAAGCCACUCGAUCCAUCACCAGAGUUCUACACAAAUGCGACAACCGACUACGUGACCAUCUUUGGCAAGCCGCUACCGUCUGUCGUUGGAUUUACUGUUGGUAUACUCGCCUCCACAUCUUCUUCAACUUCAAUUAGUCAAGCUGCGCAUCUUGCAACAUCUCUUAGCUCCAGGGGAGUAAGGGCAGUGAUUGUAGGGGAAUCACUUUUGUCCGGCACUAAUCAAACUUACAGUUCCGCGGAUGCAACUGCUUUUGAUGCUGUAGUAGUCACGAUGGGUGCUGAACCUCUCUUUGGUCCGGUUGCUAAACCAAACACGCUUUUCCCAUCUGGAAGGCCUAGCCAGAUUUUGCAAGAUGCGUACCGAUGGGGCAAGCCAGUUGGUGCUGUAUCGAAAGCUUCGGUUGUCUUAGACUCCCUACCAGGUACCAAAAAUCAAGAUGGCGUUUAUAGGGUGGAGUCCGUAAAUGAACUAGCUGCCAGUAUUACAAAAGGGCUGGAAACAUUCAGAUUCGUGGAGCGCUUUCCUCUGGACUCUUGA